AUGUUCACUGGCUUGGUUGAAACAAUCGGGACCGUCACGGCUCUGGAGCCCCUGGACACCUCGUUGAGUGGAGGUGGGGGUACAUCGCUGACGAUCUCUGACUGUGAAGAGAUCCUUACCGAUGCGCACUUGGGUGACAGUAUCGCCGUCAAUGGAACCUGUUUGACCGUCACUGCCUUCGAGAAGAACUGGUUCAAGGUGGGAUGUGCGCCGGAAACUCUGCGAAGAACCAACCUUGGAUCCCUGCAGGCUGGAUCGAAAGUGAACCUCGAGCGUGCAGUCUCCGCUGACACCCGGAUGGGUGGUCACUUUGUCCAAGGUCACGUCGACACCGUUGCGAAGAUUCUUUCCGUGACGCCUGACGGCAACGCUCUUGUAUUCCGCCUGCAGCCGCGUGACAAGGACGUGCUGCGCUACGUGGUCGAAAAGGGCUAUGUCACGCUCGACGGCGCCAGCUUGACGGUUACAAAGGUGGUCGACGGCGAAGAUGGGUAUUGGGAGGUGAUGUUGAUUGCCUAUACACAAGAGAAGAUUGUGACUGCGGCUAAGAAGGCUGGCGAAGAAGUCAAUGUGGAAAUCGACAUUGUCGGAAAAUAUGUCGAGAAGAGCGUUCAGGGAUAUUUUGCCGGUACUUCCGGAGGUGAUUUUGCCAUUUUGGAGAAAAUGGUGUCACGUAUGAUUGACGAGAAGUUGAAACGGUAG